AUGGCGGCAAGGACAGAAUUGGAUCACAAUCAUCCACUAUUUCUUCAUCCUUCAGAUACAACAAGAGCGCCGAUAAUAUCAAUCCAGCUGACUGGUUCAGAUAACUACACUACUUGGAGUCGAGCGAUGGAGAUCCAACUGCUUGUCUAUGCCAAAAAUGCUAGGGUUGUUAGGGAAGAUCUAAGAGAGCGAUUUGACAAAGAUGAAUUUGACAACAUGGUGCCACCUCCAUGUGACUGUGCGAGAUCUAAAAAUUUCAUUGAGUUCAUGCAAAAGCAGAAAGUUCUUCAGUUCCUAAUGGGAUUAAACGAAAUAUAUGAGCAAGCUAGGAGCCAGAUUCUGAUGACUAGUCCAACUCCAAGCAUAAACAAGGCAUACUCGAUGCUAGUUGAAAGAGAGAGUCACAUGACAGUAGCUAACACAAUGACAGCAGGGGAUGGAAAUGAACAUGCAGCUCUUUUAGCUGGUAAAUAUUAUGCAUAUCAGAACUAUCAUAUUCCAAAGAGGAAUUAG